UGGUCAUCUCCUGUACUAUGUCUGCAAUCUCUGGUCAUCUCCUGUACUAUGUCUGCAAUCUCUGGUCAUCUCCUGUACUAGGUCUGCGGUCUCUGGUCAUCCCCUGUACUGUGUCCGCAGUCCCUGGUCACCCCUCUACUAUGUCUGCAGUCUCCGGUCAUCUCCUGUACUAUGUUCGCAGUCUCUGGUCAUCCCCUGUACCAUGUUCGCAGUCUCUGGUCAUUUCCUGUACUAUGUCUGUAGUCUCUGGUCAUCUCCUGUACUAUGUUCGCAGUCUCUGGUCAUCUCCUGUACUAUGUUCGCAGUCUCUGGUCAUCUCCUGUACUGUGUCCACAGUCUCUGGUCAUUUCCUGUAAUAUGUCUGUAGUCUCUGGUCAUCUCCUGUACUAUGUCUGUAGUCUCUGGUCAUCUCCUGUAGUACAUCCGCAGUCUCUGGUCAUUUCCUGUACUAUGCAGUC